AUUUAUUUGCUAUUUGUUAGUACCUAUGUCCGUUAGAAUGCAAUUUCACGAUGUGUUUUUUUUUUAAACUGACACAAUAUUCACUGGUUUUACCCUUCAUUGUUAUGGAAAAUGUACAGCAAAGACUGAUUGUUAUUAUUUUCAUUGUACUAUCUUUAUAUAAUUUGUUUUGACUGUAGGUAAUAGUAAACAUUCAAAACUGUGCCAAUACUCUUUUGUCCCCUCAAAAUUAACUCUUUAUGUUUUCUUUAAACAUAGUUUUUAAAAUCCGAACAUUCAUUGCUUCUAAAAUAUUAAUCUCAAAGACCAGUUUGUUAUAUAAAUAUCAUUUCUGGAAAAUAUCUUCAUCCUGUUGAUACUUUUUAAUCCACUGUAUACUACCAAGUAACGAUAUAUUUUUGUUCACAUAACAAACUGCCUGGAGGAUGAUUAUGCAAGUAUUACCAGCGCCAUUGUUGAAGCCAGCAACAAUGACUAGGUUAAACGACUAUGGCGUUCCAUGUCGAUGGGCCCACCAAAGCAGAAUAACAAGAACUCCUUCAGGAACACCUGGGAGAAACCCAAGAACUGCGGCAGAUGGUAGUGAAUUCGAAGAAGAAAAUAAGAUGGAAUGGAGUAGUGAAAUUAUAAGCAUUAACCAUGAAAUGAUUAUCUUAAUUAGUGGUGUUACAAUUAACAUGAUAAAAAAAAGCUCCUUGCUGAGGCUGUUGCAUAUCGAAAAGAAUUUAGAUCGCUCUGCUUGGCCGAGCACGUCUGGUAUAAAUUAG